AUGGUUACCUUAUCAGCUUGGCCUUGGGGAAACUUUGGCAAUCUAAAGUAUCUUCUCUACGCUCCGUUAGCUGCACAAGUAGUAUACUCAUGGGCAUACGAACAAGACUACUCGAGGGCUCUUUGGUGUCUUCAUAUCCUCAUCAUCUGUGGACUCAAAGGUCUCCUUCAUGUUCUCUGGAGCGUUUACAACAACAUGCUCUGGGUGACUCGGACUCUAAGGAUUAACCCUAAUGGUGUCGACUUUAAGCAGAUUGAUCACGAAUGGCACUGGGACAACUACAUACUCCUGCAAGCAAUAAUAGCUAGCAUAAUCUGUUACAUAUCUAUUCCAUUGGUGACGAUGAACAGUAUACCACUGUGGAACACGAAAGGACUAGUUGCAUUAAUUGUGCUACAUGUGACCAUCUCAGAGCCAUUAUACUACUUUCUCCACAGAUCUUUUCAUAACAACACCUACCUCUUCACGCAUUACCACUCCUUCCACCACGCAUCCCCUGUUCCUCAUCCCAUGACUGGUGGAAAUGCGACGUUAUUGGAAAGCGUUAUCUUAUGUGUUGUAGCUGGAGUUCCUUUGCUUGGAUCUUGCUUGUUAGGUGUUGGAUCAAUAAGCUUGAUCUACGGAUACGCUAUUAUGUUUGAUUUCCUAAGAUGUUUAGGUCAUUGUAACGUUGAAAUAUUCUCUCACAAGCUAUUCGAGACACUUCCAAUCCUAAGAUACAUCAUCUACACUCCAACGUAUCAUAGUCUGCAUCAUCAAGAAAUGGGGACCAACUUUUGUCUAUUCAUGCCUCUCUUUGAUGUUUUGGGCAACACACUAAAUUCAAACUCGUGGGAACUCCAAAAGAAGAUUCGUUUGUCUGCAGGGGAACGGAAGAGAGUGCCGGAGUUUGUGUUCUUGGCUCAUGGGGUAGAUGUGAUGUCGGCUAUGCAUGCUCCGUUUGUGUUCAGAUCGUUUGCUUCAAUGCCGUACACAACAAGGCUCUUUUUGCUGCCUAUGUGGCCAUUCACGUUCAUGGUGAUGUUGGGCAUGUGGGUCUGGUCAAAGACUUUUCUUUUCAGCUUCUAUACCCUCAGGAAGAAUCUUUGCCAGACUUGGGGCGUUCCUAGAUUUGGAUUCCAAUACUUUUUACCGUUUGCUACACAAGGGAUUAAUAACCAGAUCGAGAAUGCGAUACUUAGGGCUGAUAGGAUUGGUGUUAAAGUUAUCAGCUUGGCUGCUCUCAACAAGAACGAAGCUUUAAAUGGUGGUGGAACGUUGUUUGUUAACAAGCAUCCUGACCUUAGAGUUCGUGUGGUCCAUGGGAACACUUUAACCGCUGCAGUGAUCCUCAAUGAGAUUCCAAAAGACGUGAAAGAGGUGUUCUUGACAGGAGCCACUUCUAAGCUGGGAAGAGCCAUUGCUCUUUACCUCUGUCGUCGUGGAGUGAGAGUUCUCAUGUUGACACUAUCUUUGGAGAGAUUCCAAAAGAUUCAGAAAGAGGCUCCUGUUGAGUUUCAGAACUACCUUGUACAAGUGACCAAAUACAAUGCUGCUCAAAACUGCAAGACUUGGAUCGUUGGGAAAUGGUUAACGCCAAGGGAGCAGAGCUGGGCUCCUAAAGGAACGCAUUUUCACCAAUUUGUGGUGCCACCGAUCCUCAACUUCAGGAGGAACUGCACUUACGGAGAUCUAGCUGCAAUGAGACUCCCUGAAGAUGUUCAAGGACUUGGAACCUGCGAGUACACGAUGGACAGAGGGGUUGUGCAUGCAUGCCAUGCAGGAGGAGUGGUUCAUAUGCUGGAGGGCUGGGAGCAUCAUGAGGUUGGAGCCAUAGACGUUGAACGUAUUGAUUUGGUGUGGGAAGCAGCCAUGAGACACGGCCUUCGCUCUGUUUCUUCACUCACAAGAUGA